GCUUGUUGGCAGAGAAAGACGGGGAAAAAGUCCUCGAAGUUCGCGUGAAAACUGCGUUAUUUUCGCGCAAAGGAGAGCCAGUCAUGGCUGGAUUUAACGAAGAUGCGCUCAAGAAGAAGCUGGACGACCUCAACAUGUCCCAGCAGUCCAUCCAGACCGUGUCACUGUGGCUAAUUCACCACAAGAAACACGCUCACACUGUGGUCAAUGUCUGGUACCGAGAGCUCGUCACAGCCUCCGAUUCCCGCAAAUUGACCUUCAUGUACCUGGCCAAUGACGUGAUACAAAACAGCAAGAAGAAAGGACCGGAGUACAACAAGGAGUUUGGGAACAAGUUAGGGAAAGUUUUCGACCACUUGGGGGGCUUGCGGCUGGAUGAAAAGUCAAUCAAGGGCCUGAACAGACUGCUGACGGUGUGGGAGGAGAGAAGUGUAUUUGACAGCGACCAGGUCAAACUCUACAAGAAAGAGUUAAAUAAGGGGCAAGGAAAGUCAAAGGAGAACAAGAAAGACAAGAAAGACAAGAAAGACAAGAAAGAUGAAGGAAGAAAAAGAGAACAUAGUGGAAACAGCACAUCGCUUACGAAGAAGCACCGACGAGAGAGCAGGAGCGAACCCAUCAAGGCCACAACGCCAGAACCGCGCCAACGAAAGGACAGCGAAGGUGAAAUCGGCCAGUUUGUUGUCUCACCACAUGUGUCUUCACCCCCAAGCGACCCCCCAGAGCCAGAACAACUGAUCGAGGCGCUGCAGGAGCUUGAGAGUGCUGCCACCUCAGAUGCAGUUAUCAGGGAGAAGAUUGCUAAUCUCCCCGCAGAAGUUUCAGAUGUAAACCUUCUUAACAAACUACAAGAUCUGGCUGCGGGUCGUGCACUCUGCCAGAAAGUUGAGGAAGCACUUUCCAUGUUAGAGGCCUACAAUAAGAGACUUGCAGAAGAGAUGGAAGCUCGCAAGGCUGUGGCCCGCAUGCUUCAUGACUACAUUGCAUACCAGAAGGACCUCCUCGCACAAGCAGAAGAAACGCUAGAAGAACAUCGUCAGAAGCAAGGGAAGGUGAAGAAGGUCAGAGAGGAGUUAAGAGCGCACCUUCAGAACCUUCCAGAUAUCUCAAAACUGCCAAAUAUUAGAACAGGGGGCCUGGCUCCUUUACCUUCUGCGGGCGACCUCUUCACAUGAUCUCGUGGACUGUAGGGUUAUAAUUUUUUUUUUCGUCACUUGUUAUUUUGUGAUACCUAAAUGCCCAGAACUAUUAAAUAGUUCUGAUGGACAGUACUAGCAUGAAGUAUAGAUAUUCUUAUUGUUAUGUGAUUAUAAAAUAUGAGGUGUGAAUGAUGGGUAUUGUGAUGUACAAGUCCUUUGGAAAAGCGGAUUAUGCAUGCAUUUUUUUUUUUUCUAACUUUCAAAAAGAUUUUACAUUUGUGCCAAGAUAACACACUUCUGUUUCCUUUCAUAAUGUUAUAAUUUUUUUUUUUUUUUUUUUUUUUUUUUUUGUCCAAUUAAAUGUAGUAAAUUAUCCUUGGGAGCAUAUCAUAAUAGUACAUAGUAGAAGGUCUCUUAAUAAGAGGUCUGCAGGUUGUCCUAUUUGUUAAGUCAAAAAAAACAAACAAACAAACUUUCAUUUAUAGAAGACAUGUAUUCUGUGACUUGAUAUAUAUGGCUACAACCAUUCAGAAGUGAGCAGCUUUUUGAGUGUCUUGCUAACUUUGUAUCAUGCAUUUUUUACUUUUCUUAUAGUUUUAUUCUGACUCCUCAGGACACUCGUGGUCUUAUAUGGGUGCUUGUUGAAUGACAAGGUCACACCGAGAAUUGUUACUUUGAUGCAAAUGUUUGAGUCACUGAAGGUCACUGCUCUUGCGUGAGAUGCACCUCCUGCAGUGAAAGUUGGUACAUAUUUUAUAUGUAUACAAAUAUUUCAUUAAUCAAUGUAGUUAGAUGAACCAGAAGAAAUAAUGGGAAAGAUUUUAAAUUAAGGUUAAAGGUUGCAAAGUGGAUAUGAAACCCAUCCUGGCUAAAGAGAUGUGCCACCUUGAAGAUGUUUUGGAAUAUACAUCAAAUUUCCUGGUUUGCCUUAAUGCCCUUGAUAAUAAUGAUAGGAAUAACUUUUUUUUUUGUAAUGGCUUCCCAAGUUUUCAUUUGACAGUAAGUAGUCAGUGAGAUUUCUGACAUGCUCUUUUAUUUUUGUAAAAUGUAUGAGAUACUUGUGUUUGGUUCAUGCAGUUCCAUGCAUUAUGUUUUUUUUUUUUUUUUUUCUCUCUCUCUCUCUCUCUCUCCAGAUCUUACUUGAAAAUCGAAAAUGCCAAGAAGCUGUGACAAUCAGUUAUUGAUGAAAAUAUUUGAUUUAAAAAAGAAAAACGAAAUGGUUACUGUAUCUAUUGAGCAGUACCUUCUAUUUCUUUGUCUCAAGAGUAAAUCACACCUAAUGCAAUCGAUGUAGCUAUCUCGUAUGUAUUGGUGUGUUGCUCUGUUACGUCAAAUAGUAUGAAGUGGUUGAGGACAUUACAUUUAAUGUCACAUCCUGUGAUAAUAGUGCAAAUAAUUCUUCAUAGAAUCAGUCUAGUGAAGCCUUUUUUUUCCAUAUUUUAUCGGAAUAUUAAAGGCAAAUCAGAUGGUACAUUACCACUGAGUGUUGUCUACAAUAAUAACUCUUUUCUUUCUCUGUCCCAGGGAUCUUUAUCUUGUCAGACACUCCCAUUCUUUCCAAAGCACAGAUAUUUGUCACUUGAAACGACUGCACUUGCCUAAAGAGUUGGAAAAUUGACGUAAAACACAAUCAGAUGAUGAAAAAACAUCUGCCUUUUAUCAUCACAAAGCCGUUUAAAGGAUUUCUCACAAGAAUAAUAAAUCUUAUGGUAUGCCAGUUCACAAAAGGAGAUUUUUUCUUUGCUUAAUAUUGUUAUUAUUUUUACGUGGUUAAUUGUGAUGAUGAUCGGCCACCAUUCUUUUCCCUUGAUUGCUGAAUGUUGUCAAGUGUAACAUUGUUGUGUUUUGUUUUUGUUGUAAUCAAGGUUACUCAUUUAUAUAAGGAAUCACUCCUCUUUUUGUUGGUCUCACUUACUCACAAGAAUGUUUGAUAAGUUGUGAAGGAGUUUCAAGUACUUUUUUUUUUUUUUUUUUUUAGUUACAAUGACUGUUUAGGUCUUUUGAAUUCAUAGAAGAUAUGAACAGUAGGAAUGACUUAGUUUCCCCAAGAUAUCAGUAAAGUGUAUGAGAUGGCUUUGAUGGGGGAAGCAAUUUUAAUGUUUAUAAUAAGCAACAAGAAUGUACAUAGAAUCUGGAAUCUAAUAUUUAUUGCAGAUUUUUAUAAUUAAAUUUUUGAUUUAC